AUGAUUGUAUCAUUCGUCAGAGUGAGACCAGGAGUUCCAACGUCGUUAGGCGCAUUCUGUGUUAGUGAUUAUAAAGUGGGAACAAGUCCCAAAAUUUGGGGCUUUCCUAAUUACAAGAUAAAUGCUCUCAAUGAAUCCGAUUUCUCAAUGCCACUUGAGAAAGUGGAAUUCAAAAGAUUGACACCACUAGACGAGGAUAAUCAAUUUGUCGAUACCAUAACGAUCGAAGAAACGUUUUCUGUUGAUCAAUUCAAGCAGAGACGCUCAGUGGUGACGACAGAAAAGUCUCUCGAGGAAAAGAGAAUAAUCUCCGUUUUCCAUGUCACAGUUGAUGAGAAAUGUAAUAGAGUUUUCUUCAUGGACAAUGGAAAUCUUCAGUACUAUCAAAACACAACUUACUCAAUCCAAAAGCCGUCCUUGUGGGUCAUUGGACUCCCUUCUGACGGAUGUAAAACUCGAAACUUCCCAAUCAUCAGACGAUCUGAACUCCCAGAGAGGAUUUCUGCAAAAGGAUCAAAUGGAUUCAUGGUAGUGACUCCGGAUUAUCAGUCAGAUUCUUGUGAUGAUAUGUUCUUGUACAUAGCUAAUGCAUUCUACAAUUAUCUUGUCGUGUACGAUUACAAAAACGAUGAAUUCUGGUCAUUCGAACAUGAAACAUUCCACCCAAUUAUUGCUGAAUCGAAUUUUGUUUUCAAUAAGGUAUUAGAUAUAUAUAUGCCACUAGGAGUGUUCCAUGUUGCACUAGGAUAUCCAGACGAGAAUGGUGAUAGACUAGCAUAUUAUUCACCUAUUGCCAGCACAGCUCAGUUUGCGGUUUCUACUAAAAUAUUGAAAGAUAAAAGUAAAUCUUCGGCCAAUUUGACACAGGAUGACUUUGAACUAAUUGGCUAUCGAGGAAGUGGUCAUCAGACAAUCGGGACAGUAAUUGAUUACACUUACGGAGUAAUGUUUUACGCCGAAGCACAAUCCUAUCAAAUUCGAUGCUGGAACAUCAAGAAAAGACUUAAUCCCGACAAUAUCGGCGUGAUUUUUGAAUCAGACAAAUUAUUCUUUACUUUACAAAUGUUUAUAGAUUCCAAAGGAUACUUAUGGUUCAACACUGAUCAGGUCACUGUCAAUUGGACCACAGAUCUUCCUCUCAAUGGCCAAGAAAUCAGCUCAAGGAUUUUCCGCGUGAAAGUAUCAGAUGCAAUUAAAGGAACAGUUUGCGACGACGGGAAUCAUGUUAAUAUCUGA